UCUUUGGGCUCAUUCUGGGUCGAAAAAAACGCGAACACCUGGAAUCCCUAAAUCACGAUUGAUUUUCCAUGGCGGCUUCCUUCGAGCAAAUGGACGCGAAUCAGGAUGGUGUGAUCUCCAGGGAGGAGUUCAUGUUCGGCAUGGUGGAUCGCAACCACGAUGGGCAAAUCUCCCGUGAGGAGUUUAUGGCUGCCAUGCCAGGAGGUUCAGUGACAUAUGGCACUGCUCCGGCCACCAUGACCACCGCUCCCGUCUACUCAGCCCCCACCACCUUUGCCGCGCCCAUGAUGUACGGAGCACCCCCUGGUGCCGUGCCGGUCUAUGGUGCCCCUGGUGUGGUGCCGGGCGCCACCUACGCUGCGCCGCAGCCGGUGCCCACAAUGAUGGCGCCCACCUAUGCUGCCCCAGUGCCCACUGGCACCCAGCCCGUUGGUACCGCCCCGGCGGAGCCGGUGGGAACUGGUGGGGACCCGGUGAACACCAGCACCACGGCAGUGGAGACGGCGGUGUCCACCCAGACCUUUCCGCCUGCGCGAAGGAGUACGGCCUUGCAGACCAUCAUGGGAUCCGUGACACAGGUCAACGUUCCUGUGGAGAGUGUGGCUGACCCAUCCAAAGCGACCAUGUCGCACUGGGCGGCCCAAUUUCAAGCCGUGUCGGUGGAGGGUGAGCCACAAUACCUUGCAGGAGUGGGCAGUGAAGUCCAGGGUGCGCCUCAGGUCAUGAUGCAGCGACAAGAGCAAGUCGUGGCGGGUCAGGUGAAACAGAAGAUCACGGAGAUUCCAACGAUCCAAGAGAUUGUGGAGGAACAAGAAGUGCCUGAGGUGCAGUACAUCAACAAGAUCGUUGAGGUGCCAGAGAUUAUCCAGCAGCAGAUCGAGCAAGUCGUGGAACAAGUCGUUCACGUGCCUCAGAUUGUGGAGCAAAAACGUGUACAACACCGCCACGUCGAGCAGUUCGUGGACGUUCCUGUUGCGGAACAGGCUGCACCGCAGGAACAGGUGGUCGAGAUUCCUGUGCCAAUGCAGGAAGAGGAGAUUGUGCACGUGCCGAAGAUCAUCACCCAGACCCGUCAGGUGCAGCAG